AUGUUUUACGAGCAUGCUUGGUACCGAAGCCACGGCACUCUGUUAGUGUUUGGGUCGGAGUUGGUGGGAACGGCGCUGCUCACGUUUACGAUCACAAUGCUGUUGGCCAUCUCGCCGUUGGACACCUUGGUGCCGGUGGCGAUUGGAGCGCUGCUGUUGGCUCUAUGCAAUAUCUUUGGUGAGUUGAGUGGCGCCCACUUCAACCCGUCGAUUACGCUUGCGGUCUUCUCUCUGGAUCGGCGUUUCGGCUGGGUACGGUGCGGCGCCUACCUCUUUGCAGAAGUUUUAGGGGCGCUGCUAGGUCUUAACGUCGCCGUCUGGCACUGCAGCGUUUUGAAGAAUCCGUUUAGUGUGGCCGCCCACGCCAGCGACCACUACACCAUCCCUCAGAUGGUGGCCUGCGAGGCGAUUUAUACCUACAUCAUGACCAUGACUUGUCUGCGAUGUGCUAUCGUCGUGGCGGCGUCAUAUGCAGGUGGCCCCAUCAGCGGAGCUUGCAUGAAUCCGGCGCUAGCCAUAGCAUUCAUCGCCAAAGGAGGUCAGUGGAUAGACUUAUUGGUGUACACCGUUGGUCCGCUCUCGGGUUGUUUGGGAGCGGUCACCAGCUGCAUGAUCAUUGAGCCCAAAAUUUGGCUGCGGCGAAUCGGGUUCAGGGAUCCCUUGGUCGACCUGGAAAGCUGCGCGGGGCCGGAGCUGCCUCCGGUACGCAGAAAUAAAAAGGAAAGAUCGUAA